AUGGUCAAUGCUUCUAACUUGGUGACAACCAUCAUUGGUUUGACAGGACUUUCGGGCCUGGCAAAGGCCGAUUAUAUCAAAUUGGAUGCUAAGAAACUAAGAGGUUCUUGGGCUCAACAAGCUGACGUUGAGAAGACACCUCUAUAUGCUUAUUAUAAGGGCAACCUCAACAGUUCUGAGGUUGUUAAUGGAACAGUUGCCGGUCUAUACAAUGAGAAUAUCUAUUACGUCGUUGAUUUGGCAAUUGGUUCCAAUGCUCAGAAUGUUACAGUUCUAGUGGAUACCCUCUCUUCCGACCUCUGGAUAAAUUCGGUCGACAACGAAGUUUGUGCAUAUGGUGUGGAUGAAGAGCUCGGCUCCAAUUUCACAAUUGCCUAUGAAUUUGUGAAUACUAUCACCUCCUCAUCCUCCAUGGGUGCAUCAGCAACUGCUUCUAUAAGUGGGGGUUCCAGUGGUCCAGUUUUAUCCACAAUCACAUCUUCUAGAUACGAUUCCUCCUCCGAUGCUUACUUUAUUGACGUUGAAGUUGUCACGGAAACUACAGACAUUGCAACUGUCACAAGUACCCAUGUCUCAACUACCUCUCAUGAUAUCCAAUUUUACCCUUCAGCUUCCUCGACUAAUUACCUCAGUUUAUACCCAUCUCCUACUUUUGCAAUUCAAAAUUUGACGGUUUUGAAUUACGAACCUCAAAACUGCUCUGCUUGGGGGCUCUUCAAUGAAUCAGAUUCAGAUUCUUUUACUACUGAGGGAGAAAAAUUUGAAGCUCUCUCUUUUGAAUUUGAAAAUGUUACUGGUAUUUGGGUUAAAGAUACUGUUGUUUAUGGUGAUGCAAUACUUCCAAAUGUCUCAUUUGGAUUAGUGGAUGACUCUUUAUCAGAUUCAUUUGGGGUAUUUGGUCUAGGAUUGCCUUCAUCUCAAUCAACUUGGUUAACAAAUGGUACCCAUUAUGACAGUUUCAUUGAUAACUUGAAAUAUAAUGGCUACAUUAACAAGUCCGUAUACUCUCUUUAUGAAAAUUAUCUCACCAAUGGCUCAUCCUUGUUAUUUGGUGGUGUGGAUUUGGAACAAUUUAUAGGUAAUUUGACAAUCUUACCACUUAUUGAAGUUCCAGUAGCAUUCAAUGACUCCAGAAAUGCAUCUGCUAUCGCAAUUACUUUAUCUUCUAUUUACUUUGAUGAUGACUAUGAUAACGCAAAUGAUACCCAUCUAAUUGCCUCAGGUCUAGGUGCCGCAAUCCUUGAUACCACCUCUGCAACUGCAACGUUACCUUACUAUGUUUUCGAUGAAAUUGUACACUAUGCCGGAUUCAAUUACUCGGAAUCCUUGGAGGCUUUUGUCGCAAAUUCAAGCCAACUAGAAAACAAAACUUUGAUUCUUGAUUUUCAAGGUGUUGAAGUUGACAUCCCAAUUCUUGAUUUGACUUUCCCAUUGGUUGAUAUAUCUGGAAAGCAUGACAAUGCAGGUGAAUUUGUGGUUUUUGGCGUCAGUGCCUCUCCAAAUACAUAUGUUUUGGGUGACGUUAUUCUUCAAUAUCUAUAUGUUGCAGUUGAUUUGGAUGACCUAGAAAUUGCAAUCGCUCCAAAGAACUUCGAGCCUCUUUCUGAAGAUAUUGUAGCAGUUACUUCUCAUUUCCCUAACGCAACGUCAGCAAGACAUUACAACUACACUUAUGGCUACCACGGCGUUACCGAUUUGAAGUUGAAUGAAGUUCAUAAUCCGAAUAGUGUCACAAAGACAUCAUUUUUUUUGUCCUACAUCCCUUCUGCUACACCUUUCUCUAUCACUGUGGGUGAUGCUUCCUCCACAACGAAACAAUCUUCAAACACCAAAAAGGCAAAAUCGAAAGCAAUCACCACAAAAACUAGUACUGAAAGAGAAACCACAAAAUCAAAAGGUGAGAAAACUAGUUCCACCAAAACUAGUACUAAUGAAAAAAGUUCAACGACGAAAAACUGA